AAAUAUAAAAUACAGAUUAUUGUAUAAAAAACAAGAUUAUUAAAUGAAAAUAGAUAUAAAAUACAUUUAACUUUGUUAACAAUGUUUAAAUCGUUUAUUCAAGCAGAGGUGACGCUAUGCCGGAAGAUCUUUGUAAGAAGUCUUAACACUAGAUCACCAUGGGAUAUUGUGACAGGAGUUUGUGUGGAGAGGCUGCCAGUGGUUACUCCACCUUUGAACGAAAUGCAAAAGAAAUUUAUGGCUCUUCAAAGUACCUUGGAAAUUGAGAAGAGUAUGAAGUCAGAUCAUGAAAUUCGACAUGAAAGCGAUAAAAUCCAAGCUGAACUGCUAAAGAAGGAGUCAGCUGAUGUGGAUGUGGAUGCAGUGAGUAAAAUCACUGCUCAGGACUUUGAGGAUGCUUCUAAUGAAGAGCUGGCUCAGUUCAAAUUCGCUAGUAUAGAGACAGAUGCUGACAAAAAAGGUGACAAAACAUCAACGGAAAGAUGCCUCCAAAGACACCUGGUGCUGGUGACACCUAUCAAACUAGGCUCUGAUACCAAAACAUUACUACCUCAAGGAUUGUUGAAGGAAGGAGAGACUUUAAGACAGACUGCUGAAAGAAUAGUGAAGGAGCAGUGUGGUCCUGAACUGAAUGUGCAGUUUCUGUCAAAUGCACCUUGUGGGUUCUAUAAGUACAAAUAUCCUUCUGAAGUCAAUGGGAAAAUAGGUGCUAAAGUAUUCUUCUACUACGCUAAUUACAAAAGUGGAAAGCUAAACAAGACUAAAGGCAACUGGUUAACUCGCAAUGAACUACAAGACAUCUUGCCGGACAGAUAUAGCAAGUCUGUCAAGGAGUUUCUAAUAGAAGAGACAUAUUGAUAGUUUUAUAUAUAGAAUAGCAUUUUUGUAGUAAUAAAUAAAAUAUACCUUUAUAAUGUU